CUUUUUACACAGUAGUACAUUCCACACGAUGAUGAUGUACACAGCAGCACUGUGCUUACUGAUUGUUUAACAAAAUCGUCCUACUUUUUGCAUUAAAAUCUCUGUUGAUUAGAUAUUUAUGUAAGUGCUACGAUACAGUUGACUUCGAUUAGAAGAUUUAAUGUUAUGAGACCGGAAACGCAACUAAUGAGAAGGCCCCACAUCUAACUUAACUUCACGUCCAAGUACAACUGACAAGCCAUGGAUGGCAUUCUGUCAGACAACUCCGAUCUGAAAGUGGGUAUCAAACACAAAGACAUCAAGAUAAAGAAACCUGCUCUGGAAGACAGCACACAGAACCUGGCUCCUGAACCAUUAGGUGUUGUGUACAAGCUACGAGACAUUAACAAGGAACUUGUAGAGGCUUGGACAAAAGAGUUUGAUGGCUAUGAAAGAGUUAACAUUUCUGAAGGAGAUAUCUUCAAAAACGCUCCUGCUGCUGAUGCAAUAGUUUCCCCGGCUAACAGUUUUGGCUUCAUGGAUGGAGGAAUCGACAUGGCGCUAUCGAGACAUUUCGGUUGGCAAUUAAUGAAUCGCCUUCAAGAAAUGAUAAUGACCGAGAAGAAUGGGGAACUGUUAGUUGGUGAUGCAUUAAUAGUCCCCACCUGCCAGCAGUUUUGGGGUAAAUCCGACCGCAACUCUUGCUGGGGAGCUUAUAACCAGGGUACGCCGAUCAAGUUUCUCAUCUCAGCUCCCACGAUGAGGGUGCCGGAGGAUGUCUCCAAUAGCAUCAAUUCCUACUUGGCAUUUCGAGCCAUUAUCUUAUCAGUUCAAAAACACAACUCCAAGCCCGAUGCAAUACCCAUCCGCAGUGUGCUGUGCUCAGGCUUAGCGACGUCAGUAGGCUGCAUGCCGCCGAAGAAAUGUGCAAAACAGAUGAAGAAUGCUUAUGAUAUCUAUGAAGAGCAGAAGAGGGAUGACUUAAGGAACCCAGACAGUUUGGGAAUCGUCUGGGAUCAUCAUAGGUUUAUGCAAUCAUCAAAGGAGUUUGGUGAAUUUGUCUACCAAGAAGACAGUUGAUGAGGGUACAGAUAACCUAUGAAUGUACAUACAUGUAAGCCUGCCAGGCGCACCAUAAGGACCCAUCCAAAUAUUUAAUAGUCUCCAGGCCAGCUUGACUGAAUAUUUGAAAAGGUUGUCUGGUUUUUAUGUUUUACAUCGAUCCACAUUUGCUAUUUCCGUGCAUCAUGAACAAAUCGGUAUGUCCGUGCAACAAGGUUGUAUAUCUCUUAAAAUGGCGUGUGAUGUCAUAACGCAGGUUUUCAAUGUCAAAAGGUCAUAUCUCGCUUAAAAUAACCUGGAUGUACACUGAAAGUCGAGAUACGCGAGAUAAGACCUUGUUGGAUGGAGAGUAUUCGCUAGAGAUGCAACCUCGUUGCACUCACGUGAUGAACAAUUUAUUUUGUAAAUCAUUGCCAUCUUUUAAUGCAUUUGAUUUGUUGGGUAUACCACAGAUCUUCCUAGAAAUUU